CAUUCUUAAAGGCACAGUAGGAAAAGCGGUUCGUCUGCAGGGUGCAGCUCUCGAUGAACGUCCUCUGGCGGGGAUUGUACGAACAUUAGGGGGUGAACAAAACAUUAAUCUACGAAUUCCAUCAUGGCAGCGACAUUAAUGCGUUCCCUUGUAAAGAAGAGGGUUCCUCUUCAGAUGGGACGCAUGUGUUACUCCUCCUCCUCUGUGCCCAGCACCAAGUUGUUCAUUGAUGGAAAGUUUGUCGAAUCCAAGAGUCCAGAAUGGUUGGACAUUCACAAUCCUGCCACCAACGAGGUCAUCGGUCGGGUGCCAAAGGCCACACACGAGGAGAUGCUGGCCGCCGUGGACUCGUGCUCACGUGCGUACCACUCUUGGUCCGAAACGUCCAUCCUCGCCCGCCAGCAGAUCUUCCUUCGCUAUCAGCAGCUCAUUAAAGACAAUAUUAAAGAGCUGGCCAAGCUGAUAACCCUGGAGCAAGGAAAAACCCUGGCUGAUGCUGAGGGCGACGUGUUCAGAGGACUGCAGGUGGUGGAGCACACCUGCAGUAUCACAUCCCUAAUGCUGGGCGAGACCCUCCCCUCCAUCACUAAAGACAUGGACACGUACACGUACCGGCUGCCCAUCGGUGUAUGUGCCGGUAUUACCCCCUUCAAUUUCCCUGCCAUGAUCCCCCUGUGGAUGUUCCCAAUGGGCAUGGUGUGCGGGAACACCUAUUUGUUGAAGCCCUCGGAGAGAGUGCCUGGCUGCGCCAUGUUGCUGGCCAAACUCCUGCAGGACGCCGGCGCUCCGGAUGGAACAUUAAACAUAAUCCACGGACAGCAUGACGCUGUGAACUUCAUCUGUGACCAUCCUGCCAUCAAAGCCAUCAGUUUCGUAGGCUCCAACCAGGCUGGCGAGUACAUCUAUGAGAGAGGCUCCAAAAAUGGCAAAAGAGUGCAGAGCAACAUGGGGGCGAAGAAUCACGGUGUGGUGAUGCCUGAUGCCAACAAGGAGAACACACUAAACCAGUUGGUUGGUGCUGCUUUUGGAGCAGCAGGUCAGAGAUGUAUGGCUCUGUCCACUGCCGUCCUUGUAGGAGAAGCACGAAACUGGUUGCCUGAACUAGUUGAACGUGCAAAGGGUCUCCGUGUCAAUGCAGGUGACCAGCCCGGGGCUGAUGUGGGACCUCUCAUCUCGCCUCAGGCCAAACAGCGAGUCAACAGCCUUAUUCAGAGUGGGGUGGAUGAGGGUGCCAAGGUGCUGCUUGACGGCAGGAACGUGAAGGUCAAGGGUUACGAAAACGGCAACUUUGUAGGACCAACCAUCAUUAGCAAUGUCACGCCGGAUAUGAAGUGCUAUAGGGAGGAGAUAUUUGGCCCUGUGCUGGUGGUCCUGGAGGCUGACAGUUUGGAUGAUGCCAUCAAAAUGGUCAAUGAGAACCCAUAUGGUAACGGAACGGCCAUCUUCACCACCAAUGGUGCAGCGGCACGUAAAUACACCCAUGAAGUCGAUGUUGGGCAGAUUGGAGUUAAUGUACCAAUCCCCGUCCCACUGCCAAUGUUUUCGUUCACCGGUUCCAGAGGCUCCUUCAGGGGUGACACCAAUUUCUAUGGAAAGCAAGGCAUUCAGUUCUACACGCAGAUCAAAACUGUUACCUCUCAGUGGAAGGCAGAAGAUGCUACCCUAAAGUCCCCCGCUGUUACCAUGCCAACAAUGGGACGUUAAGUAUUAAUCUCCUGUAUAGUUCCUCUCUGGUCCCCAAAAUUCAAUACUACUUUUAACUACUUUUGAUAUUUUCAAACGUGCUCUCAUAUGUAGUUAAAUAACUCCAAAAAUGUGAAGUUUUUUUCUUUCACUGUUCAAUAAGUAAGAAUUUGUUUCUUUUUUUAACAAAGAAUUAAUUGCUUUAGACCACUGGAUGAAAUGUUUUUUGUCAAAUGGUCGUUCUCACCCUGAUAUAUAGCCGAAGUUUGUUUCAGAAAAUAAUGACUCCUCAUUCAACACUAAAUUCACUUUGGGUGUUGACAAGCUCUAUUAAGUCUGCAAAAAAGGUAUUAUCUGUAGCUAGCUGGCUCUUCUGAACUGUUCAACCAGCAUUCUGUCUUGUUAAAUAUGAUUGUCUAUAUAAAUAUGCAACAUUUGUGAACUCUUGUUGAAUAAAAGACUGUUUUGGGCUGUUUGUCUCAAUAAACAAGACAAUG